ACCUCCUGUGAAAUAUUUGCACUCUUUUUUUUAAUGCCUCUCCGAGUCUUUACUGAACAAAAGUCAACUCUGUUUUUCAGAUGUAGGCGCUGGUCUGUGAUUCUAAUGAUUCCGUCCGUUCACCGUGCGCAUGCGCUGAGCGGUGGCGCGUCUGGUCUGGAGUUUAUUCAUCAACGCUCUGAAACUUCGGUAUUAUUCUGCGUUUAAGGACGCGUGUCACGGUGUGAAAGGAAAAUACUGACUGACGUGCGGCUAAAUGGAUUGAGACGGUCCGGCGAGAGAAAGAAUAAAAGAAGUGAGUGAGAGAGCGAGGACGAAUAAUCCAGCUAAUCCAGGCCAAUCCCAGCCGUUCAGACUCCUCUGAGCCACAGACAAAACACAGCGGAUCAUAUGCGCGUCUGAUGCGCUUUAGACAGACUGUUUUGGGGGAUCCUGGGACGCUGAAGGCCUGCAGUGGGAUUCGUAAACACUAAAAUAACAGAUCAGAGCGCUGGUGGACGUCAGGUGUGUCGUGACAAAGCUGAAGGAAAAGGACAGCGCUGGAUGUCAUUCAUCUUACAAAACGUCACUUUUCUGGAGAAACAGUGUUCAACUUUGGUGUGGACAUGCACUCAGAUGCAGUUUUAAAGGAGAUAUAAAAGACGUGAUGAAUCAUUUAAGUCAUAUUUCUCGUCAUGAGUCUGGGAAAGCUGCCGGCGAUCAAAGGCCUGGUGUCCACGUCUCACGGCAAACGGCGGUUUAAGAGCGACCUGUCGGUGGACAUGAUCAGUCCGCCGCUCGGCGACUUCCGCCACACCAUGCACGUGGGCCGUGGCGGGGACGUCUUCGGUGACACUUCGUUUCUGAGCAACUACGGCGGAUCAAGUAACAGCGAUGGGAUACGGUACCCGGAUUCGCCCCCCGGCUCCAAACCGACGAGCUUUUUGUCACGAACACUGCAGCAUGUGAGAAAGACUCCUCUGCCCCGGCUGAGAGGAGGGUCACGUGACUUCUCGUCCCCUCCGCCGCCCAUCUCGCCCAUCAUUAAAAACGCCAUCUCUCUGCCUCAGCUGAACAUGAACGACGGCGGCCUGAUGAGGGCGCUGCUGCGCACCUCCACCAGCUCACCGGACGCACCGCUCUGCUCCUACGGUACCAACACAGACACCAAACUUAUCAAUUAUAUUUAUCGUUAUAUGUUUGGUAGAAGUUCUGCUUGA